AUGGCAAACGUGAACGUAUCCGAGAAACCAGCUCACGAGAUAUUCCAAGAAUUGCUUAUUAUUAAGCAAAAAGACAACGAGCCCAUUGAUACUUUCAUAGCAAAGAAAAAAGCUUUAUUUGCGCAACUACCCUACAACCUCUUAGAAUCUCAAAAAUUGGACAUGAUUUACUCGACCCUUAACGAUAAAAUACAAGAGAUGGUUCCACGGGACGCGGUGCAGACUUUUGACGAACUUUUGGAAGCAGCGAAGCCCACCCAACCAAAAAAGCGCAUGCGAUGCAAUUUUUGUCGUCAUGCUGGCCACACGGCCGACGAAUGCCGCAAGAAAGCUGCCCCUGCUCUCCGCUUGGACACAGAUAGGAUACCUGCAUUUUGGUCCUAA